AUGUUCAUGGACUUGGUCUCUGCUCGACUGACAGAAGAGAUAGGUAUGUUUACUGGAGAUUUCGUUGUGAAGCACUGCUGCGAAUUUCUCGAAAAGGAGGUGGUUGACUACCUGUUUAGAACCUCUCCAGACGCACCCAUUAGCAUCGACUUAUUUGAGUAUGCGGAACUUGAGGAGCCUAGCGAUGAUGCUGAAGGUGGAGACAUGAUCUAUCGACUAACGGACUUGGCGGUUAGUCACGAAGAACAGCUCAGGAAUCAUGAAUUCGCUGACGCUACUCAACAAUGUCCUAUCUGCUUCGAUGAGCUACCCGGCACUCAGUGCAUUCGUUUCCGGAAGUGUCGUCAUGUUGCCUGUCGUAACUGUGCAGCUGACCACUUUGCCACACAGAUUGAGCAGGGUGCAAAUGCUUGUCAGCCGACGUGUGUCUCAUGCGCGGAGACUGUUCGUCAACAGGAGAUUCGCGCCGUCGUGACCGAAGAGCUGUAUGCGGCUUAUGAGCGGCGCCUCCUCAAUCUUACCCUCUCAAACAUGCCCGACAUGGUCCUCUGCCCAAACCGUGACUGCAAUAAUCAGCAUGUCAUGCUGAAUGAAAACAGGGAUCAGGGCGUCUGUCCCUCUUGUCGUUUCCAUUUCUGCGCGCGAUGCAUGGCCGCUUUUCAUGACAAGUCACCGUGUAAAACAGGACCUCUUAGGGGCCUAUCACCUGAUCAAGGUUGGUCCCGCUAUCUACUUUUCGUAUAUACCUAUACAUUCCGAUGUCGAGUUUAUUGCGUGGAUUUCCCAGACUAG